CAGCUGGCCUGUUUGGAUAGAGGUUAAUAGUGGGUGACUUGUUUGGGUGUUGGGCCCUGGGCUGUAGAGAUUUAGAGGAGGGAGUGACUGCAGGUUGAUGAAAUUCACCAAGGACCCUAAGGACUUGCCGAGAGGGAGCUCAGGAGGUGUUGGGGACCUUGAGUGGUGCUGGAGUCUCAUCUCAUGGGCUGUCUGGCUGCCUCCCAACCGUGAGAGAGAAUCUCCUGAGGCUGCAAAGCUGCAGAGAAGGGCACUGCGGAUGGCCAAAGCGAUGGCUGGCUGUGGGGAUCCCUGCUCCAGCAGCUCUGGACUCCUCAUUGCCCUUCGCCUGGCAUAGCUCGGGCUGUUGGGAGCGAUUCGGUUUUGGAUCCACCGGCCUAUGAGGGCUGAGAGGAUGGCUGCCUCCGUGAUGGGCCAGGCCAUGGUCACCCACGUGCUGGUGGCCCUUUUCGGGAUGGGCUCCUGGGUCUCCGUGAACUCCUUGUGGGUGGAGCUCCCCGUGGUGGUGAAGUGGCUUCCAGAAGGCUGGAAUCUCCCUGCCUACCUCUCAGUCCUCAUCGCCCUGGGGAACGUGGGCCCCAUCGCCGUCACCCUGGCUCACAGGCUGGCCCCUGGGCGGCUGAAGGAGCGCUGGGUCAUCCACGCCAUCCAGGUGCUGGGCGUGGUGGCAGCCCUCUUCCUGGCUCUCUUCUGGCACCGGACGGCGACAGUGGCAGGGGAGUCCCACAGCCUGGCCUUCCUGCUCCUGGCCUUCCUCCUGGCCUUCGUCUGCUGCACCUCCAACGUCACCUUCCUGCCCUUCAUGUACCAGUUCCCCCAGCAGUUCAUCCGCACCUUCUUCGUGGGCCAGGGCCUGAGCGCCCUCUUCCCCUGCGUGGUGGCGCUGGCCCAAGGGGUGGGCAAGCUGGAGUGCCGCAACACCACCUCCGGCAACGGCUCCCAGCCCCACUACCUGGAGGAGAACUUUCCUGCGACCACCUACUUCUGGCUGAUGUCCGCCUUGCUCGCUGUCUCGGCGCUCUCCUUCCUGGGGCUCAUCCUGCAGCGCCGCCGCGCCAGCCGCUCCGCCACCCGCCAGGAGAGCUCUUCCAAGGGCAGCGUGGAGACGGAGGAGUCCUUCCCACUGCAGGACGGCACCCCCACGUCGGACAGCGCCAUGGAGAUCACCCAGGGCGCCCGCCCCCCGGCCCAGGCCACCUUCUGGACAGGCCGGAACAUCUACCUGCUGGUGCUGCUGGGCGUCUCCAACGCACUGACCAAUGGCGUGCUGCCCGCGGUGCAGAGCUACUCCUGCCUGCCCUACGGGAGCAUGGCCUACCACCUCUCUGUGGUGCUCAGCAACAUCGCCAACCCCGUGGCCUGCUUCGUCGCCAUGUUUGUGCUGUGCAGGUAGGGCCGGGCGCAUGGCCCAGC